GAGCUGCCAUCGGCUGCACUUGAUUCAGUUCCCGUAGAGACAGCUUUGUGCAGACUAGCGGUUAUACGUCAAAUACAAACUAUCCUUUGAUCAAAAUGUGGAAGAAAGUGAUUUUCUGUGUGGUUCUCGUGGCCUUUGUGGGCGUGCAGUUUGCCAACUCGCUAACCUGCUCCAAAUGUACUUCCCCAAGUGGAUGCAAAAGUCCUUCGUCCGAAACCUGCUCUAACUCGACGGCCAAUGCCAAUAAGGUGUUUUUGGAAUCGUACCACAGCAAUGUGCCCGCAAUUAAUGGCAGUCUGAGCUUCUCCUGUGCCAAUCUCACAUACUACCAUGCAGCAAACAACACUCAUGGCUCGGAGUUCCUGGGCUGUGUCUUCAAUGAGACCAACGUCUGCUCUCUGACUUUGACCAACACUUCCACUGGAUGGUCCAGGAAAUGCUUCACCUGCGGCACCGAUUACUGCAAUCCGGCGGGAACCUUCAGCGGCAGUGCCUAUACCAUCGUGGGCUCCGCGAUUGCCCUGCUUUUGGCCAAAAUCCUCAGCUAGGCUCACCUUCUAACUGGCGAAAUAAGCAGUAUUCCAAACUAAUUCCAAUUGUAUAAUAUUUAUUUUCAAUGUUUUAUAAAAAAUAAAUGAAAACAAGACUUUUUUAAUAAAACGGCUUCCUAAUACAAUA